CGGGAAAUUGGGAUUGUGUUCAAGAAAGGGAACCGUACAAUCUAUAUCUUAUAGAUAUAUUUAACUUUGCUAAUGCUAGUAGUUUUGUUUCAUACUACUGUUUUGAUUCACAAUGGACAACUCAGUCACGCCCUUACGCUGUUUUCGUGAACGUCAUGCAUUGGAAUUGUUUAAAGAUGACAGUGUGAAAACAGUUACUUCAGUCGAACAGAAAAAAGUCGAAUGCAGUAUUCAAGAGGUACUCAGUGUUUACCAGCAAAAUCACACAUUACCGCAACCUGCAUUACUAAGGGAACAACACUAUGUAUAUUUGAAGAAAGGUUUACGACAUCUUUCAGAUGCCUAUGAGUGCCUGGAUGCCAGCCGGCCCUGGCUAUGCUACUGGAUCCUGCACAGCUUGGAACUUCUGGAUGAGCCAGUGCCUGCCUCUAUUGCUUCUGACGUCUGCAAGUUCUUGGCCCGCUGCCAGAGCCCGACGGGAGGAUUCGCUGGUGGUCCAGGCCAGCACACCCACCUCGCCCCCACAUACGCCGCCAUCAAUGCCCUCUGUAUCAUCGGUACACAGGAGGCCUAUGAUGUCAUUGACAGACAGAAACUCCUAGACUUCCUGUACUCUGUGAAGCAGCUAGAUGGCUCAUUUGUGAUGCACGUAGGCGGCGAGGUUGACGUCAGGAGUGUGUACUGUGCUGCCUCAGUGGCGUCGCUAACGAACAUCAUCACCCCCACACUGUUUGAUGGCACACCCAGCUGGAUAAUCAGAUGUCAGAACUGGGAGGGUGGUCUUGGGGGUAUGCCAGGCCUGGAGGCCCAUGGUGGGUACACCUUCUGUGGGACAGCAGCCAUGGUCAUCCUUGGGAAGGAGCACAUGCUGGACCUCAAAUCCUUAUUACACUGGGUGGCCAGCAGACAGAUGCGAUUCGAAGGCGGGUUCCAGGGGCGCUGCAACAAGCUGGUGGAUGGGUGCUACUCCUUCUGGCAGGCAGGUCUGCUGCCGCUGCUGCACCGGGCCCUCUUCAAAGAUGGGGACUCAACCCUCAGCAUGAUGAGUUGGAUGUUUGACCAGCAGGCUCUUCAGGAGUACAUCCUUCUCUGCUGCCAGAACCCUGCAGGAGGGCUGCUGGACAAACCUGGAAAAUCAAGAGACUUCUAUCACACAUGCUACUGCUUAAGUGGGCUCUCUAUUGCCCAGCACUUUGGAAGCAGGGACUUCCACCAUGAGCUGAUCCUCGGAGCAGACGAGAAUAGACUGGCACCAACUCACCCAGUCUACAACAUUUGCCCAGAGAAAGUUGCUCAGGCAGUUGAACAUUUCCACAAAUUGCCAAUCCCAGUGCAGACAGAGGCAGCCAUCAACACUCCAGAUACUUCUUAGAUUGCAAAGGAAAAGUGCUUCUCUUUGAUUACUAUAUACUCUUUGUAUGGCAGAGCACACUGCCCCCUAGAGCUGUGGGGUGAGAGUCUUGCAUCAGGAACCAGGAACCAGGAAUGUCCACUUGACUCUGUUGACCUCUGAAGGAACCAGAGUACUGAAGAAUUAGUUUGUUCUUUGACAAAUCAGUUG